GGCCAGUCUGGUAAGCAGAGAGGGCGGCCGUAGCGCCGCUGUCAUUUGGCGUGCACACGAGGGAAAAGCAUAUAUUGGCAUCAAGGAAAAGUUAAGUUCAAUCCAAUCCCAUACCCUCUUCAGCUCAGCUGCUUUGCUUUGUCAAAUAAUCUACUCCUCCAUGGAAAAGGAAAAGAAGCUGCUUUGCUUGCUCCGUCGACGGGAAUGUGAUGCUUUGCUUUGCUUCUCUCCACCUGAUGCUUUACCCAGCUUCGGCUGCCAACGAGUACCCUGUGGCAUUACUUCCCAAAUCCCAAUCCCUCCAGGCUCCAGGUCUUCCCCAGCACCGCCAUCGCCCCCGCCGCCACCGUCCGCUGGUAUUUGUCACCGCCGACUGCUGUGCCGUGUAGCGCAUCCCAUCAAUCUCAAAGGGUCAUGGAAGAAAAGGGUGGGUGAUUUGAGAGAAUCCUGCAGCUGGUGGCUGUCCAAGAAUGUGCGCAGAUGCCGGCGUGUUGCUACAAAUGGUGGUGGUGUUGAGGUUGUUCCUGCUGCUGCAGAGGGGAUUGGGAAGCUGACACAGUUGCAUACACUUGGUGUUGUGAAUAUUGCAGGUGGGAAAGGAGGCUUCCUCUUCCUUAAGGCGCUCAAGAAUCUUACCCAGCUGCGCAAGCUCGGGUUGUCCGGUAUCAACCGUAAAAACUGGAAGGACUUGUGUUCGGCCAUCUCGGGUCACCUUCCUCAUCUUGAGUCCUUGUCGCUACAACUGCUGCUGCUGGAGGAGGAUGGCAGCUAUGAGUUUGCUUGUUUUGAUGACAUCUCCAUGCCACCCAAGACCCUAAAGAGCCUUAAGGUAUUUUACACUAGUACUGGAGGUGGUGCAGGCGCAGGUGCCGCAUGCAUAAGGCCAGCCUGGAUCAAUCAGUUUCCCAAUCUCACAAGGUUUAACCAUGAGGUGAGGAUAUCAAGUCAAGAGACAUGAAUAACAUUAUCCAUUGCCAUGAACGCCAGAUUCCAGGAUUUGAACGUGGUCUUGCAAUCAAGCCAAUUCAGCAGCAUCUCAGUGUUAGAGGAGCCCUGUUUCUUGACACCCUCGGGAUUUAUUGCAGCAGCAGAAACUCAAUGGUGUCGUUUGAAGAUGGCAGCUCAUUUAUUAAAGCACUCAGCAUUCACUGCUGUAGCUCUUGUGGUGGAUCAUCGUGCUUGCAGAUUGUUGGGCUGCGGGAUUUAGUUGAUCUCGAGCAAGUCUUGGUAAUGGGUCCGUGCAGCUACAGCUUCGAGAAAGACUUGCGCAGGCAACUCAAGAAGCAUGAAGGCAAACCGGUCCUGAGCUUCUAUAACUUGUGAUCGAUCAUAAUAGAUCGUGUUGUUUGUUUGCUUCCUACUUAUUUUUUGUAUGAAUUAAUUUUAGUCAUUUAUUCACAAUUUCACAAAUGUUAACACUCGAGUGAGUUCCAUAAAUUUCAGACAACAAAAACAGUACUGUGUGGCUACCUUGUCACAACUUUUUCAGCUGGCAUGCAUAUGA